AUGGCAUCUUCGAGUAAUAGGACUUGGUACUGCAUAGCACUACUCCUGGCAUGCUGCUUGCUUGGCGCAAACUCCGAUGACGUCCCACGUGUCGAAUGUGAUGAGUUUGAUUGCCUUAUCGAGUUUAACGCGUUGCAUUCAGAGGACAAAGUGCGUUCGCUCAAAUUCCAACUCGUACCGGAAGCAGGCGCUACGGGUUUAGUGACAGUGACAUUCGCUCAAUCGUCGCUUCCGAUUGUACCACCGUCCCUGUUUGCCGGCGUUAAUGGCAACCUUAUCAAAGUGCUGGACAUGGAGAAGUGUGACGUACAGCGGGUGGAUUCGUCUACCUUUGGACAGGCGCGCGAGCUGAAAGUGUUGCGUCUUCACCGAAACCGCAUCUCGAAUCUAUCGAACUACUUGUUCCGCAACGCAACCAAACUGGAACGCAUCAACUUUGGAGGGAAUCGUAUCGACAAGGUGGAAGAACAGACCUUCCAAGGCAUCACGGGACUGGUCACGCUCCGAUUGUCCCGCAAUCACAUCAAGGUGCUGCCUGCAAAACUAUUCGCUGGAAUGAAGCAACUCACGGAUCUUAACGUUGAUCGUAAUCGCAUCGAGGUCCUGUUUGAUCGUUCGUUCGAGGAUCUGACGUCGUUGAAGGAACUGUACCUUAGCUACAACUUUCUCCAGAACCUCACCGAUAAUUCGUUCGUUGGGUUAACGAAGCUCAACACGUUGGCAUUGCAAUCGAACCGAAUUGCCACGAUUGAACCAAAUACUUUCAAGCCCCUGACGAGUCUGGAAAAUCUACUGCUGGAGGACAAUCGAUUGCAAACUAUUGCUCCGGAGACGUUCGCAUCGUUGGGCAGCUUGAAGAAACUCGACCUGGAGAAGAAUAUACUACAGAACCUACCAAAGGAAUUAUUCAAACGUAACGGAAAGUUACAGAUUCUGCGAUUAGGGGCGAAUAAUAUCGGCUCUCUUGAUUCGGAAAUAUUUGAUAACUUGAGCGGACUGGAGGAACUGUUGCUAGAAGGAAAUAAUCUUUACAUGCUAGAACCAGGAGUAUUUAAAAGUCUCAGUGUUCUAAAAACGCUUAAUCUUGGCGGAAACUUUUUGAGUUACAUCGAUGCUGGAACGUUCACUGGGUUGCAAUCGUUUGAGAGUCUAUCUUUGGCAAAUGAUGGACUAUUGGUGUCAUUCUAUCCAGCAUUACAGACGAAAAUACGAUCACUUCGUACUCUGGUUUUGGAUAACAACUUUCUCUCGAUAUUCGACCCCUCAAUCUUCAUACGAACACAGAAGCUGCGACAUCUGCAUUUGAACGGUAACGGACUACCAACAUCCGACCUACCUUCCUGUGAAAAUAUGCCUGAAUUAACAAAGAUUCUGCUGGAGGAGAACAGGAUAACACACGUAGACAAGAAUCUACUAUCUAAAUGCCAGCACGUGACGCUGAUUUCCUUCCAGAAAAAUCAGAUCGUGCAGAUUGAACCCGGUUCAUUCGACACAGUCAGCAGUGUGCUGGAACAGAUUGACCUUAGUCACAACUAUCUGACCGACAUUUCAAACGUUCUGUCGAAUCUGAGCGCCCUCAGUGUCGUAGAUCUAUCGGAUAAUCGUCUACGUACGCUGCAAGAUGAUGCAUUCGACGGCUCGGAGGCUUUAAUGUUGUUAAAUUUGGAUAAUAAUUUCAUACAAGUCAUUCCAGCUGCUCUGGCGAAGUUACCGCAACUGACAGAUCUGUCGUUGAUUGGAAACAGGCUCAAAACCACUGUUUCCCCUGCCAUCGCUCAUGGAUUUGCUGGUCUGCUGCGACUGUAUCUCACUAAUAACUCCAUCUCAACACUUCAGGUCAAACAAUACCCGAUGCUGGUUGGACUUCAUCUAGAAAACAAUCAGCUAGAGAGCAUUCCAGAUGACACGUUUGAGACGAAUGUUGACUUAAAAACACUGUAUUUGGCUAACAAUCGCAUCACGGGAUCACUAGAUCGUUGCUUCCUCCCAGUCCGUCAUCUGGAGAGGCUUCAACUCGAUAGUAACCCGCUUGGCCAUAUUUCUGCCAGCAUGUUCAGUACCCUAACCCAGUUGGAGACACUCAUGCUGAAGAAUACUAGCCUAACGGAGCUGAGAGGUAGUCCGUUCGCUUCGUUGAACAAACUGAGUUUACUGGAUUUAUCCGAGAACCAAAUCGGCGCCAUUGGAUCAACAGAACUCAAGGGACUUGAUUCUCUCGAUGAGCUUUAUUUAAAUAACAACGAAUUUGCUUCUGCCAACUUGAGUGGCUUAUCUGUUCUGGAUGGCGUUAAGUUGUUAACCAUUUCGUAUGGCAAAUGGAAUCCAUCGGCAGAUUUGCUGGUCAAUAAGACCAAAUUGGAAGACCUGUACAUGCAAGGAGCCCAGUUCAGCGUACUCCCAAAUGACUUUUUCAUUUACACCACAAAACUAUCACUCCUGUCUAUCUCCGACAACAAGCAGUUCAACCGACUUCCUAGCACCUUCUUCCAGCAUAUACCGUACCUGAAGGAACUAACGUUGGUGAACAACAGUUUGUCGACGCUCGAGCAAGGAGUAUUCGAUUAUUUGGGUCUGCUGGAGGAGUUGUACAUAAGGGACAACCCACUACGAACACUCCGUUCGGAUCUGUUCGCCAAGACGUAUAGUAUGAAAACGUUGGAAAUAUCGGAAGCCAACCUUACCAGCCUACCGACAGGACUGUUUGAUUCCCUCAACCGUCUAAAGAAGCUCGAUCUGGACAGUAAUCAGCUAUCGAAUCAACUAACAAAUGUAACCUUCCAUGGACUGUACUCGCUAGAAAUUCUGUUGCUGCAGGACAACGGAAUAGAAAGGUUAUCGCCAGGUGUUUUCGAUGACCUAGUAUUGUUGCAAGAAGUCUACUUAGGACAUAACAAGCUGAGCUCCCUAGACUCUCGCCUGUUUGCCAACCUGCGCCACAUGAUGCUACUCGAUUUACCUAACAACAAGUUCUCUACCUUUGAUCUGACUACAUUAUCGUUUGCAAGGCCGCUUCCGGUGCUAAAUCUGGAUAACAACGGUUUGAAGACGGUCAAGAUAACCCUUAAACUGAAUAAGCUAUCGGUGGAUAACAACGAACUGAGCUCGAUUGAUGUUGAGAAAGAACCACAUGCGUACAGUAUGCUUCUCCAGCUUUCGGCCUCCAAUAACCGUUUCACAACAAUUGAAAGCUUUUCACAAUUCCAUGCGAUGGUGGUGCUAGACGUGUCGUUUAAUCUAUUUGAAACACUUGAUUUGGGUUUAAUGUCGAGGGAAAUGGCGUCGCUGAUGGUGCUGAACGCAUCCGAUAGCUAUGUGAACCGAUUCUCGGUGGAAGAUUUUGAGGAACAACUAUCGCUCGUUCACCUGGACGUUUCUAAUAACAAUCUGACCAGCUUGGAAGAUUUCGGUUAUCUGCGGUACCCAUUCCUGAGGAACUUCAUCUUUGGUGGCAAUCAUUUGGAUAGAAUUUCAUUGGAGGAUGUGUCGAAAUUGUUCACUAUGCUGCGGACGAUUGGGCUCGAGGGCACCCAAAGCGGUUGGAGUUGCGAGUUCAUUCGUGGAUUGGAUCUAGAUCGUUUCUAUCUUAAUCUGUGGCGCAAACCAGAGUUAGAAGAAACCCAGAUAAAUUGCGCGAAAAAACAGAAAGACAUCUGUUGUAUUUGA